UAAAUGUCUAAAAUCACAUUUUAGAAUUCGAAACGUUUUCAGUAACAAAGUUUAUUUUUUCAAUUAGAUCAAUUUGCCUUGCCUUUUUUUGGUAAUUGUAUUUUCCAAAUUAGUAUGUUCCCCGAGUCCUGUUAGACUAUUAACCCAAUUUAAUCUAUCCAGCCGUCCUAAAUUGUCUAGUCUUUAUGGCGACGGAACUAUGAAACUGACACCACACUUUAAUUGGUAUCGCUAAAACCAAGAUUAAUAUAUUAAUCAGUCUACGAACAUUUGUAUUUAUGGUAUAAUAUUGUUAUUAUUUAAAUUAUAUGUGUAUGAACAAAAUAACGGAAGUCAGAUUUGGAUUAGCUUUAGAUGUACGCACAGAGGCGAUAAAUCUACCUAAAUUGGUUACUAUGUCCCCUCAAUUUCCUUCCAAGCGUGACACACAUACAUAUAGAUAGUCGAUUUUUUGUCAUAAACACUUUUUAUUAGUUUUAUUAGUAAGGUCUUUCAUAAUGUGAGAAUGUUUUUGUUGUCUCUAUUACGGAUAUCCUGUUCAAUUAUGUAACGCAUUAUGAUUAAUGCGAACGAUUAAACCGCGUUAAGUUCAAAAUACACUGUUUACAUGACUUUCGUUCCGUAACUCGUGACGUCACAAAGUAACAUUAUACCAUUGAUGUUCAAUAAGUAAGUAGUUAUAUUGAAUAUUUUCACUCAGCAUCACAGCGGCAAUGACUCUAACACUAUCUUUUCACUUUUUUUUCGCCUGUCGUUCGAGCCACUCGUCUCCACAUGCUUCAACUUGUUAAGUAAGUCACAGUGCGUCAUGUUGUGGGCAGCUGGUUUUAUAUACUUUUAUUUGGUUUAAUGUAAAAUGCACAGACCUGUAUAGAUUUGGAUUACGUCUGUAUGUAGUGCAUGCGUUGGUACACCGAGUAGUGCGACGACAACAUGACUAAUUCUCAGGUAUGGUUCCGCGGCGUGAGGAGCUCGAAGUUCCGUCAUGUGUACGGUGUUCCAUUUAAAAGAGAACGCUGCUAUGACAACAUAAAAAUAACAAGGAAUGCGCACGAUUCGAAUUUCUGCGCUGUGAACCCUAAGUUCGUUGCCAUAGUGACGGAGGUUGCCGGCGGUGGCGCAUUCCUCGUUCUGCCUCUGGACCAUACCGGCCGUUUGGACUUCAACGCGAGCCGAGUGACGGGCCACAAAGGCCCAGUGUUGGACAUCAAGUGGAAUCCGUUCAACGAUAACAUCAUAGCGUCGUGUUCCGAUGACUGCACGGUGAAACUGUGGCACAUUCCCGAUGGUGGUCUGUCCAUGCACUUGACUGAUUGGCUGGUAGAACUGCAUGGGCACAAGCGUCGCGUCGCCUACAUCGAGUGGCAUCCGACCGCCGAGAACAUUCUGCUCAGCGCCGGUUUCGAUUACUUGAUCUUUGUAUGGGACGUCGGCAAAGGCGAGGCGGUUAAGGUGAUCGAUUGCCACAGCGACGUGAUCUACUGCAUGUCGUUCAACAGAGAUGGGUCUCUGCUUGCUACCACUUGUAAGGACAAGAAGCUGCGUGUCAUAGAACCGAGGCGGGGAAUUGUUCUCUCUGAAGGGCCGUGUCACCUGGGCACCAAGGCGUCAAAGUGCACGUUCCUGGGCGCGGCGGGGAAGGUGCUCACCACGGGCUUCUCGCGCUACAGCGACCGCCAGUACGCCGUCUGGGACCAGCACGACCUCGCGCAGCCGCUCGUCUGCGAGACCAUCGACUCCUCGUCAGGCGUCGUCUUCCCCUACUACGAUUAUGAUACUAACAUGGUUUACCUUGCUGGCAAGGGUGAUGGUAACAUCAGAUAUUAUGAAGUGGUCGAAGAAUCGCCGUACGUGCAUUUUCUUAAUCAAUUCCUAUCGGGAAAUCCUCAGCGCGGGCUGGGCUUCAUGCCGAAGCGCGGCGUCAACACGGCGGCCUGUGAGGUGUUCCGCUUCUACAAGCUGCACACCUCGCGCGGACUCUGCGAGCCCAUCUCCAUGAUCGUGCCCAGGAAGUCUGACUGCUUCCAGGAAGAUUUAUAUCCCGAUACGGCAGCUCCAUUACCAGCAUUGUCGUCGAAGGACUGGCUGAGCGGAAUGAACGCACCGCCUUUGCUCAUCAGCAUGAAAACUGGCGUCACGAUCUCGACGCACAAGCCGCGCGCCAACAAAGACGCGCCCGCGCUGCAGCCGCAGGACGCCAACAACCGCAAGAAGUUCGCCUUCCUCUCGCGCGAGACCACGCCCGACUACCGCCCGCUCGCCACCUGGCACAACGAACACAACAACCUCAACCACACUGCUGAUAAUGACCUGCAGGUGCAGGUGACAGAGAAGUCUCAAAAGACAAGUGCCAAUCAAAACACGAAGUUCCAUCAGCUGCAACGCAUGUUUGGUAAACAGACAGGGGAUGUGGAACCUGUUCCCCUAUACAAGCAAAUCAACCAGGGAGACGUGUUCAGUACUGAACACGAGCUCCGUCUCGCGUUCAACCGGCAAGGUGAGGAACUGAGGAUUGUCAAGCGACAACUCCAAAACAGUCAACAACGAGUGCGGGAACUCGAACAGCACGUAGCAGCUCUGCAAGCAAAUCGGCAACGAGAAUCCUCCUAGACGUCACGCAGCUCUCUUAAAGGCGAUCUCAGUAAACGAUCCCAACCGCCAUCUUUGAAUCGACAGCGAAAUGGACCAAUCAGAAUAAAGCUUACAAAUGACUUAUUUUGAUUGGUUUAUUUACCAUUGAUCACCGAGAUUGGGGGCGUUCUGAAAUCGAUCGUUAAAACGCUUCACUGAUAAGGCUUAUAUUAUGAUGUCUUGCUUGAACGUGUGCGAGGCCUUGUGUUUGUCUGUGUUUCACGAAGUUUUCAUACAAUUUUUUCGAUUUAAUGUGUUUUCGAAUACUUUCGACAAUGUUACGUUAUAUGAAUCAAGACUUGUAUUUUUAAUAUGGCUCAUAUGUGAAUCGAUUUAAUUAAGACUUUUAUUUAUUAAUAAUGUGAAUAUGGAACGUACAAUGUGUAAGGAGCAGACGGUAAGAAGUAUUCAGGGCAAAAUAUGCCAAAUGGAAUGUAAGGACCAUCGACAUUGUCGUUUUAUUUUUCCAUAUAUUUCGUUAGUCAUACGCAUGUUUCGUUUUAAUUGGGAACAAAUUCAUUCCAGUUUUUAAGUAUGUUUUAUAGUCGAGCAUCUUGCGUGUUAGUUUUAGUCAGCGAAGUUGCCUUUUUAUAUUUUUAACUGUAAUUUUGGCCUAAUUCGCGACUCUUGCGCAGGUUUUACGCUUGUGAUAAUAACCAUGACAAAAACUGCUUUAUCCCGUCACAAAAAAAUGAUUUAAUUUGAUUACAUAGCCAUUUUACUUUUUGACUGUGAUUACCUGAAGUUAUUACUGAUUGUGUGCAAUUAAUGUAAUUCAUUCACAAUUUUUAUGUACGAUUUUUGACUUUUAGUUUGUCAUGUCUUGACUAUACUGACAUGCACCUUUUUAUUAAGCACAUAUUGGAAUUUUAUUUCCAGUUUUAUUGAGUUGACAUCUUAUUUGUUGUUUUAAUAGUCUGAUUUUCAUAAUAGUGUGUUAUCUAUUAUUAUUUGUGUUCAUUUUACAUGUUGUAUUACAUUUUGUAUCGUUUUCUUUAAGAAACAAGCAUUUACUUAAAAUCGUAUAACUUAUGAUUUUUAACGUGUCGAUAAUCUUGAAUAUAAAGAUUGUACAAAAAAGUUACCUGAGCUCUUUUGUACAGAAAGUAGAUUAGCUCUAAGAUUUCGCACUAGCAUCGCCGAAGUAAAAAUUAUAGGUGCUGGACAUUCUAAAAUUAAGACCGAAAAUAGCUUAGUAGUUCGUAUGACGAAUCUGUCACAAUUUAUAUUACACGGCUUGAUAAUUUAUAAGCGUAAGAAUUUUAAUUAUAAGAAACUUUGCAAUCACAAUUGCUGUGGAACUAUCUCGCGAUAAAAUAUUGGAGAUAUAACGCAGCAGUAUAUACUUAAUAAUAAAAUAAAUUUUACAUUCCAUGUAUCAAUGUGAAAAGCAUAAUGUGUAGUGUUAUAAGUUGAAAUGAAAGUAUUAUUGUGCAUUAGCAGGUUCCAUAGUUACUUAGCUAAGUCGGUGUUAAUAUUUAUUAUUAUGUAUUUUUAUAUACUGCUUAUGUAGCACAAAUUUUCAAUAAAUGUUUGAACCGGU